ACCACUCGAGUGAUUCAGCUGAAUACAAUCAUCAUGAACUCUUUCAUCGUGAUCGCGAUGGCCCUCGUGGCUGUGGCUAACGCCGGUUACCUCGGAGGCAGCGGUGGAUCUGGAGGAUACGGAGGCGGACACGGGAGCGGAGCUGGUCAGCAGAUCCUCAUCAUCAAGGGAGCCGGUGGUUCGGGAGGAGGCGCCGGAGGCUCCCUGACCGUCGCCGGACCUUCCCACAUCAUCAAGACAAUUCACCAAGUCAGAACUAUUGACAACGGGGGUCAAAUCCUUUCCAAGUCCGGAGGAGGCGGCGGUCAGGCUAAAAUCCUCAUCGCCCGGGUUGCUGGAACUGCCUCUGUUCAGCAAGCAGGUCUGGGAGGAGGCUACGGAGGAGGCGCUGGCGGAUGGUCCGCCGGAGGCUCCGCUGGAGGACACGGUGGAUGGUCCUCGGGUGGCUCUCAGGGAUGGUGA